UGAGUUCUCGCUGCUGAACAUGGCGUCAGACGGGAUGAUUUUAACGAACCACGACCACCAAAUCCGGGUCGGCGUCCUGACAGUGAGUGACAGCUGCUAUCGAAACCUGGCAGAGGACCGCAGUGGUGUCAACCUCAAAGACCUCAUCCACGACCCCUCCCUGUUGGGAGGAAUGAUCGUGGCGUACAAAAUAGUGCCAGAUGAAAUAGAAGAUAUUAAGGAUACACUGGUGGACUGGUGCGAUGAAAAAGAACUCAACCUCAUCCUCACCACCGGGGGCACCGGCUUUGCCCCGAGAGACGUCACACCAGAGGCCACUAAAGAGGUGAUCGAGCGCGAGGCCCCGGGGAUGUCUCUGGCCAUGCUCAUGGGCUCCCUCAACGUCACACCGCUGGGCAUGCUCUCUAGACCUGUGUGUGGGAUUCGGGGGAAGACGCUCAUCAUAAACCUCCCAGGAAGCAAAAAAGGCUCACAGGAGUGUUUCCAGUUCAUCCUGCCCGCCCUGCCCCACGCCAUCGACCUGCUGCGGGACGCGGUUGUCCGGGUGAAGGAGGCAUCCGACGGGCUGGAGGAGCUCCCGUCGCCCCCGCCUCCCCUGUCUCCGCCCAAUCGAAGCCCGCCCCCUCCGCUGUCCCCGCCCCGCACGCACACGCAGGACAAGGGCGUGCAGUGCGAGGAUGAGGACGAGGACAAGAAGGACAGCGGCGUGGCGUCCACCGAAGACAGCUCGUCCUCCCACAUCACCGCUGCCUCCAUCGCUGCUAAGAUCCCAGACUCCAUCAUCUCGCGGGGUGUGCAGGUGUUGCCGCGGGAUACGGCGUCUCUGAGCACCACGCCCUCAGAAUCACCUCGGGCACAGGCCACGUCGCGCCUCUCUACCGCCUCCUGUCCCACACCCAAGGCGCGGCUCCCUUCCUGUUCAUCCACCCUAAGCAUUGCCGAGGCCUCGCGGAGAGAGUUCAGGGCGCACCUGGAUGAGGUCAUCACGCUCAAGUCCAGGUACUCCACCUUGGACCAGCUCCAGUGUAGGUUGGAGGGCCUAAAAGAUGAUCGCAGGAGGACCUUCAGCUCUCGAGUGCAGUCCAGGUGCAGCAGCAAAGAGAAUAUACUCAGAGCAAGUCACAGCGCGGUGGACAUCACCAAAGUGGCCCGGAGACACCGCAUGUCCCCGUUCCCCCUGACCUCCAUGGACAAGGCCUUCAUCACUGUGCUGGAGAUGACCGCAGUCCUGGGCACCGAGAUCAUCAACUACAGAGAUGGGAUGGGUCGGGUGCUCGCUCAGGACGUUUAUGCCAAAGACAACCUGCCCCCUUUCCCUGCCUCGGUCAAGGACGGCUAUGCUGUGAGAGCGGCCGAUGGACCCGGCGACCGCUUUAUCAUUGGAGAAUCACAAGCUGGAGAACAGCCUACCCACACAGUGAUGCCCGGGCAGGUGAUGAGGGUGACGACAGGAGCACCCAUCCCCUGUGGAGCCGACGCUGUGGUGCAAGUGGAGGACACAGAGCUGCUAAGGGAGUCAGAAGACGGUACAGAAGAGUUGGAGGUACGAAUCCUAGUACAGGCUCGCCCUGGACAAGAUAUCAGGCCUAUAGGUCACGACAUAAAGCGCGGGGAGUGUGUGCUGGCCAAGGGCACUCACAUGGGCCCCUCGGAGAUCGGGCUCCUGGCCACGGUGGGCGUCACAGAAGUGGAGGUCCAGAAGUUCCCUGUGGUGGCUGUCAUGUCCACAGGCAACGAGCUGCUAAACCCAGAGGACGACCUUCAUCCUGGGAAGAUCCGGGACAGUAACCGCUCCACUCUGCUGGCCACCAUCCAGGAGCACGGAUACCCCACCAUCAACCUAGGCAUCGUGGGGGACAAUCCUGAUGACCUCCUGAACGCUCUGAAUGAAGGCAUCAGCCGAGCAGACGUAAUCAUCACCUCAGGAGGAGUGUCCAUGGGAGAAAAGGACUACCUAAAACAGGUGAUGGACAUAGACCUCCAUGCUCAGAUCCACUUUGGACGUGUUUUUAUGAAACCAGGCCUCCCGACGACCUUUGCCACCCUGGACAUAGACGGUGCUCGUAAACUCAUCUUCGCUCUCCCAGGUAGAAACCCCGUGUCGGCUGUGGUCACCUGUAAUCUUUUUGUAAUUCCUGCCUUGAGAAAGAUGCAGGGGAUUUUGGACCCCAGACCUACUAUAAUCAAAGCGAGGUUGUCGUGUGACGUGAAGCUGGACCCACGCCCUGAGUAUCAUCGCUGCAUUCUGACAUGGCACCACCAGGAGCCUCUGCCAUGGGCACAGAGCACAGGUAACCAGGUGAGCUGCCGGCUGAUGAGCAUGCGCAGCGCUAACGGGCUCCUGAUGCUACCUCCCAAAACAGAGCAAUACGUGGAGCUGCACAAGGGCGAGGUGGUGGACGUCAUGGUGAUCGGCCGGCUAUGAUGUCAUCACUGUGGGACGCGAGUGGAGUGUGGCGGGUGUGAAUGAGGCGGUGGUUCACGGUGCAUGUCCACAUAUCAUUCUGUAAUAUGCAACGGCACAGCUAGUUUUUAUUGAUUUGGAUAACGUUGAGGUACAGUCAACAUCUUGAUCACACCUAGAUACAUAUAAAAAAUUAAUUUAAAAAGAUUAUAGUAUUUCAAACUAAGAAAAUAUAACUUUUAAUGGAAAAAAAUCGAAUUAUAAAAAGAGAUUUAUUCUGUAAUAUAUUAUUAUGAUUAUUCUUCUUAUUAUUAUCAUUAUUCUUAUUAUUAUCAUUAUUAUAUUAAGGCGACUUUGUUCCUUUCAUUGCAAUUGCUUUGUGUGUUCAAUGCUAGACCUUAUCUAUAGCAGUAGCAUUUUAAUAGACAGCUGUAGGUGCCUGCCGGGACAAAAAAAAGAAAUUAUUAUUUUUUCAUCUUUAGUGGAAAAAAAAUAAUCUGUUUUUUGACAAAUGAAGAAAACAUUUGAGGAAGACUUUCAGAUUUCCCAUGGUGCUCAGCUAAGAGGAAGGAGGGGCGUGGCCACUGGGGGCUCGGUACAAGGCAUUUCGCUCAGAGUGGGCGUGG